AUGGGCGGUGUGUCUUCAGCCCCUGACUCUCCCUCCAGCAGCAGCGAUGACCAAGUCUGCGACAUUGCCGAUGCAGCAGGCCCUCCUCUGCAGCACAUGCAGCAGCACCUGCAGCUAGAGCAGCAGCUGCAGCAGUAUGAGUCCGCUGAUUUGGAGUUCUAUGACGCGAACUCGGGGGACGAGGAGUCAGCUCCUGGCCCACCUCAGUUGUCAACACUGCAGCAGCAGCAUCAUAGGAACAGCAGCAGCAGCAACAGGAGAGAUUCAGCGUGGCAUUCCACUAGUAGCCUGGCCUCGCUCCCCCAAGAUGCUGCCCUGCGUGUUGCUGAGACUGCUGCAACUGCAGCAGUUGCAGCUGUUGCUGCUGCAGCCCAAGCCCACGAGUUCUUUACAGCACAUGCAGAAGCAUUUUCCUGCUGCCAUCAUAAGCGCCACCGCUGCUGCAGCGGCAGUAGCAGCAGCAACCAAGUGUGCGCUCUGCGCACUCGCCAGAAAAAGCGUCGGCUAAUGCUGCUGCAGCAGCAGCUGACAAGUGCUGGUGCUUCUGUUGCUGCUGCUGGCCGACACAAAGAAGGCAGAUACAGCGAAGGAUAUUCCCAAGGAGUUCCCCUGGGGAGUUCCUGCAGCACAGGUAGCAGGAUCAGCAGCGGCAGCAGCUGCAGCAAGAUCAGCAGCAGCAGCCAGCCCAUCCUGUCUUACGAAGCGUACCACUCCCAACAUCAGCACAGGCAACAGCGCAGCAGAAGCAGCUCGCGUCUAGGAUUUAGUGGCAGAGAUGCAGCAGCAUCAGCUGCUGCUGCUCAUAGGCCAAUAGCCGCGUCGCUUGGAUCACCAGCAGCAGCUUCUCCUCAAGCACCUGCACUGGCAGCAGCGCCAGCAGCACAGUUUGACUCCCCAGCUUCGCCGACGGCAUCUGCAGCAACAGCAGCAUCAGCCGCACCUGCAUCAGCAGCAGCAGCAGCCCCGCCCAGAGAAGCAGCAGCAGCAAUCCCAGGGGCAGCCUUGCAGUGGCCCGAGAGCCGCCCAUUCGCCUCACCGAAGAUUAGUUCGCCCCUCAAUGUAUCCUUCCAGCAGCACGAGGAGAUCCAGCAGCAAAAGGGGCACGACAGCACUUCUCCGUCUCCCUUCCAAUCUCAGCAAGAUCAGCAGCAGCAGCAGCAGCAGCAGCGGGGCCGCCUGCGCUCCCAGCGGCAAAAACUUGUGCUGCAAACGCUGCUGCCGCUGCCGCUGCAGCGCCGGUGUGGCGUUCUGUGCCCAUCUGCAUUUGCUUCUUGUGCAGACGCGCUGCGGGUGCGGGAGGCGGACAAGAAUUGCUUUUGUUUGUGCAAGGCUCUUAGCAAGACAGAACGGGAGCGCCUGUCUUGCGCUUCCAAGCGUCCUCCUUGCCACUGCAGCUGCUGCGGCAUUUGGAUGCAUGGACUCUGCGCUCUUGCAUUUUUUACCGUAUGGGGGGAUUGCCGAAUGUGUGUCGUCUGCAGCCUCGUCUUGGCGGACCCCACAAGUGAAGUUGUUUGGCUGUCAAAUCUCGCCGCGCUGAAGCAAACAGUUCCAGCAGCAGCUCCAACAAGAACGCCAGCAGCAGCAGCAGGGGAAAUCCCUGAAACGACAGAUGCAGCAGCAGCAGCAUCAGCUGCGGCCGUGGACCCAAGUGCUGGUGCAGCAGCUGGUCAAGGGGGGCGAUCUGUGCAGUCUUUCGACCUCCGAUCUUUCCCGCGGGACUCCCCAAGGCCUCCGCAGCUCCGUCUCGCUGCUGCAGUUGUUCCUCAAACGCCUUCCACAGCAGCAGCUGCAGCAGGAGAAGCAGCAGCGCAGACCUCAGUUGCUGUGUACGUCGACCCGACCGCCGCCAGGGGCUGUGAGGCAAAGACUCUGGCGCCUGCAACAGCAGCGGCCACAGCGCCACUGACAAGUAGCAGAAUUCAGCGACUGCAGCAGGGGCCUGCCAUGUGCCUCCGAGUGCAGGCAGUUGGCGAUGUCUGCCUCGUGUCACUACCUCCCUUUGUGGGAAACAAUCCCUACACUGUUUCCGUUGGGGCAGAGGGGAAAACGGAGAAGACCCUGCUGGUGGCAGCAGCAGCAGCGAGACCGCUGGACCCGCUGCAGCUGAUACAAGCCAUCCGGAAUCUCCGCACGCUAAAUCCCAACCAAGGCAGAGCCUACCUGUUGGAUGUCUUCGCGCGGGAGAAACGACAGCAGCUGCGGCUGCAACAGCGGAUAUACAUGUACCAGACAAGAAAACGCCAUACGCCUAUGCAGGGCAUCUGCUGCAGCAGCAGCAGCAGCAGCAGCAGAAACAGCAGCAACACCAUGGCGCAAGAAACUACUGUACCUGGCAUUUUGCACCGAAGCGCCACAUCUAGCUUGAGAGCUCGAGUCUCCAGCUUCUCUUCCACAUUUUCCGCAGCAGCUGCAGCAGGCGCAGGCGUAGCAGAAGCAGCAGGGGAAACAGCAGCAACAAGUGAAGUUUUCUCCCCGCGUUUGCGCUGCCUUUCUCUGGCGCAAGAAGGCUCGUCAGAACGCCUGCGCCUUCCCUGCCGGUCUAUUUGGUGUGCUCAUGCGAGCUGCUUCGACUUGGAGUCAUAUCUCUACAAACAAUUCAGUGUAUUGACAUCGAAAGGCCCUCCUCAAGGGGUAGUAAAGGGAGCCAAUGGGAGUUAUGGAGAACCCCAUAAAGGCUCCUCGCCUCCAGCCACUUCUUCAGAAAACGCCAAGGCGGGCUCUUGGCGUUGCCCGUUGUGUAAGGCCCCCGCGCUGCCCCAUGAGCUGUAUGUGUGUGGAUUCGUGCUGCAGCUGCUGCAGCAGCAACCGAAAGAUACAGCAAGUGUUGUCUUUGCAGACCCAGACCUGCUGCUGCCCAUACCCCACAGAAGACUGAGAGAAGUGGCUGAGGCGAUCAGCAGCUGA